ACUCCAUCUCUAUUGGGCUCAGAACGUGAACUAUGCGAGCACACUCUCCACAUCCGGGACUUCCCAGACUCCUCGCGGUCAGAAAGAAGCAUCUUGCUCCGAGGAGCCGGCCAAUGACUACUCCAAGUCAUGGAUGGGGUUUCAUGCGAGGCAGCUGGGGUUUCCAUCUCCUUGGGCAAAGAACUUAGGGACUUGGAGACUACCGUCGGCGAUGAGACCGGAAACGGUUUGAGUAUCAACGAAGAAGGUUCAUCCGUCCUCGCCUCACGAACUCUAUGUGAACAUUGCACGUUUCUUGGCUUGUAUAUGUUUCCAGAUAAUCCCCACCCAGCUCUGGACAACAGUUCCUGCAUCGUUCCUCUCCCCUGCCCUGUGAUCCUGAAUUCGAAAUAUACUCGACUAUCAGCCUCGUUGCUUUCUGAGGAUUGUAAACCCUGCUCAAAUCAUCUGUCAUCCCUGGAUAUAUUCACUCAACUAUGAGUGCUGCGCCUGGUAAACGAGGAACAUGAGGAAGGCCUUCUUUGCGCUCGCGGCAGCCUUGCCGUUUAUCCUGGCCGUAAAGAAUUCGACGGAAACGUUUGCUUUAUUAACCAAACUACCUCAAUGCGCGCUUACAUGUCUAGCGAACGCAGUUGCGAAUUCAACAUGUACUCCAACUGAUACUGCCUGCGUCUGUACAAAUGUACCUCUGAAUGCUGCUGUCUCUGUUUGCGUUCAAUCGACUUGUAGCGUCAAGCAAUCCCUCACAACUUUGAAUAUCACUCAUACGAUAUGCGAGGAUCCCAUAAGAGACGGGAGGAACUCCUUCGAUAUCUUGAGCAAUGUCUUUGGCGUUACAACGGGAGUUGCGGUGGUUCUGAGGUUUUAUUCAAGGUGGAAAUCUGCGCAGGAGUUUUGGUAUGACGAUUAUUCCAUCAUCGCCGUAAUGGUCCUCGGUAUCCCUGGUACCGUUAUGAACGUCCAAGGCUUAACCUACAAUGGACUCGGCCUCGACAUCUGGCGAGUUGGAUUCCGCCAAAUAACAGACUUUAUUCACGUAUUCUUCGCCAUGGAACUCCUCUACUUCUCCCAAGUCGGCACCGUCAAACUCUCCAUCCUCUUCUUCUACCUCCGCCUCUUCCCUGGCCCGACCAUCCGUCGAUGGACCUGGGCAACAAUAAUAUUCAACACGGUUUUCACACUGGUAUUUAUAUUUGUUGGACUGUUCCAGUGUACGCCAUUGAGCUUUUAUUGGAAGAGCUGGGAUAAUGAACAUAAAGGGAAGUGCAUGAAUCUCAAUGCGCUCGUGUGGGCGAACGCCGGGAUUAGUAUUGCGCUCGACUUUUGGAUGUUGGCGUUGCCGAUGACGCAGUUGAUGAACCUGAGUUUGCAUUGGAAGAAGAAGCUCAGUGUUGCGGCGAUGUUUGGCGUUGGUGCUUUCGUCACCAUAGUAAGCGUAGUACGCCUCCGAUCCCUCGUCAAAGUCUCCAACACCCAAAACCCAACCUGGGACUACCUACCCGUCGCCUACUGGUCCACCAUCGAAAUCAACGUCGGCAUAAUCUGCGCCUGCAUGCCCAGCAUCCGCCUCCUCCUCGUCCGCGCCUUCCCCCGCUUCAUGGGCACCACCCGAGACGGCUCCUACGUCUACAGCACCCACCGCAGCGGGGACAACAAGAUCCCCGGGAAUGGCUCGACCUCGAGAUCAGGUUCUGGAUUAGGAGGCUCAAGAGGAGGAAGCAGUAGCAGUGGGAGCGGGAGCGGGAGUGCGAAUCGGACUCGGCUUGGUGGUGGUAGUAGUGGUGCUGGUGCUGGUGGGGUGACGCUUUCGUCCAAGAGUCCGAAUGAUGAGGAUGUUGUGAGGACGAGUACGUUGGAGCUGGUUAAGGUGGAGAGGGUGGUGGAUUUGGAAGGGGAGAGGCAGGGACGCGGGCGUGAGCACGGGCGUGAGUAUAGGCAUGGGCAAGGGGGGAGGGGGAGGGAGAGAGGCUUGGAGCCGGAUUAUGAGAGGAGGGUUCAUAAGGGGAAUUGGGUUUGAAAGUUUAGUUUAGCGAUAUUGUUAUUGUUUACUGGUAAUGUCUGCUUGAUAGCGUGCCCGGUUUCAAAACUACCUUGUCUAUCAUGAAUUAUGAACUUUGUGUUGAAAAGGGACACGGGUCUGUGGCUAUAAGGUCAAAUCAUGACCACUUACCUACUUGUGUUGCGAUAUCAGCAUU